AUGGCAGAACCGACAGAACCCAAACCCGGCGAAAUCGCCAUGGCGACUGAAUCAAAUGCGCCAGCUCCCCAGCCUUCACCGCAGACGGAGCAACCGUCAGAACAAACAAACCUGCCGGUGCCGGAGUCAAAUCACACCCCAGUCCCGACCAGCGAGCCUCAACCUGCGCUCCAACCGGAGGCACAACCUGGAUCCCAACCAGAGCUUCAACCUGAGCCUCAAUCGGUGCCUCAAUCGGUCCCUCAAGUGCAGCCUCUACAUGUACCCCAACCGGAGCCUCAGCAUGAACCCUCACCAGGGCUUCAAAACCAGCCACCACGACCGACUACCGAGACAAACGAGCAACCAAGCGCCUCGAACCCACCAGAUCAAAUGAAUGAAACUACGCCCGUGCCAAACCCCGCUCCCCCCUCCAUCGAAUCUACACUCCCACCCAUAGACCAUUCCCUUCCUGCGAUGGAUACGUCCCAGUCAUUAAUGGACGCCGGGUUGACCUCAUUCGAUUCAGCAUUUCAGUCAGUGGGCUCUGGCGCCGAGCACGACUUGUCGCUUCCGGCAAUUGACACAACCCUGCCUACAUUUGACUCCGCGUUGCCAGCGAUCGGGACCGAUAUUCCUACCAUGGACGAUGACCAUACAUUCCCAGAUGACCAUUUCAACACACAUGACUCCCACUCUGGGUCUGUUGAACCGGGGCACAGCGGGCCUGGGUCUAUGAAUGGAUCGACACCAUACGACGCGCCCAAUGGCUACCAGUAUGCGCAGAACCCAAGCACUCCCCAGCAGUCGGAUGGACAUCAUCAUCCACCACCUCAAGCACACUCCCAGCAUCAAUUCCAGGCGCAGCCUCAGCCACAACAGAAUUAUCAGCACCAAGGCUCAGAUAUGUACUCCGGCUUUUCGUCAGUGAAUUCAAACACCGGGAGCAACGGUCAGGGACAGCCGGGGCAGAUGCCACAAGCACCAAUUGGGUCGCCUAUGCCUCCCAUGUCAUCCAUGGGCCAGUACAUGACUGGAUACCCAUCCAAUGUCUCACAGCAGGGUAUGGAUUCGAACGUGCAGAUGCGCCACCCAUUUCAAGGCGACCCUAAUAAUUUGCUUUCAGGGGGACGACACAAGAAAGAAGUCAAACGACGGACAAAAACCGGUUGUCUGACUUGUCGUAAACGAAGAAUUAAGUGUGACGAGGGACAUCCAGUCUGCCGAAAUUGCGUGAAAAGCAAGCGCGAGUGUUUAGGUUACGACCCGGUGUUUCGGCCUACAGCGUCAGCCCCCUCAGCCAUCCAACCUGCUCCAAACCCUCCUCCAUCCUUGGUUGUGAACCCCCAAGGACCCCCUGUCGCAGCUGCGCCUUUGUACCCUUCUGCACCUCCUGGGUACAUGCCCGCUUCUUCACAACCAUUUGCGCCAUCCCUUCACUCCGAAUCACCUAGCACCUCCACCGAUCACCAAGUUGAUCAUAGAGCUUCUGUUGAUACAUCAAUUGCACCACCCCACACACAACAAGCUCCUACAACAAUGCAGGCUUCACACGAACCUCGGCCUCAGAGCUCAGAGCCCGUCUACAAAGCGAAAAACCUUCAUGUCAGUGACUUGAUCGCUUUGCGAGGCAUCGCCCCUCCCCCACCUCAUCCUAUUGGAAACCUCCCUCCUGGUCGGCUCGAAGAAAUCCAGGCCGUCUUCCUGGCCACAUACGCACCUGCUAUCGAUAAGCUCCUGGAAGUUCGGUGGUAUUCCGAGAAGGCACUCCAGGUUCUCAUGGCAGACAAUCAGCUCAUGGCUGACUACUCUGCUUUGAUUAAUGCAUUCAACGACUGGAAUCUCAGCGACCCCAACACUCUUGCUCGCCUGGAGAGCUUCGAAGCUUCGAUCAUUUGGAGAAGUAUGGUGCUCUGCCGUCAAGUACCUGCAGCAGAAAACGGCCAAUACGGGCAAGAUUGGAACCUGUGCGCUACUUCUGCCCGUCUGGAUGCGAUGGAAGCUCUCUUGAGCUGGAACUACCUGGAUUCCAACCAUUUGUCUCGGACACUUGGAAUGGAUGCCGCCAGCCCACCCAACCCGCCUGAUCAGUUCAUGCAACGUCAAUUGGACUUCUGGAGCGAGCUCGGGGAGUUCCUAACACUUCAUGAUAAUGAAGCUAGCUCCGCGAAGCAGAUCGAUGAUACCCUUGGUCGUUGCCGUCAUUUACUUGAUACCUACGAAAACCGUGAUAUUAUCUACUCCAUUGCCAUUGCGCGACACCUGGGUCAACGCUGGGCCGAUUUCCCUAACAGCUUGCCUAAGGUCGGAUACACCAACGAGAAGGAAUCUGGCACCAAGCUCUUCGUUGCACAGAAGUUCAUCGAGGAAGAAGCCGAGGGCAAGGGUACCACCCAGAUCUACAAGCGCAUUUGCUGCAUGGCAGUUCGCUCAUGGUGGGUUGCUCGGGAGUGA